ACCCAUGAUAUAGAGAAAACUGUUGGUUGGGACAGAUACCCACUUCAAUAUAAGAAAUCAGGUUGAGAGAUUGGAAUAAAGAGGAUGAGCCCUGGCAUGAAGGAGGCUAAUAGCUAUUGGCACAUGAUUUGAAGCUUGAUGCCAGCAAGUUGGAGGAAUUAUUCAGAACUGGUACCCUCAACUUUACUUGUUCAGGGGCACUGACCUUAAAAAGCUCAGAUCCAGAAUCUUGUUUUGUAGACUGUAGAUAUAUCUUAGUCUAAUCUUAAAGUUCUCAAAGUCCUCUUUACGCUGACUUGGGUUACUCUCUCUUUAACCGUCUGUGGCCAACUCUGAGGCUGUCUACAAGUUUCUAUACCCAUGAACAAAUCUGCUACAAGUUAUUAGUUUUGGAUUUACAUAAUGUCUUAAUUAACACCAAUGUAGUAUCUGGCUGUUUAGUGGUAGUGGUGGUUGGUGGUGGAGAGCCUGGAUAAUAGCUCAUAGGAGAGCUAGAUACUGUCAUACUCUGUUUUCCUGAAGUAUAGAAAUCUAUGGAUCCAAGUUAUAUCAGAUUCUUGUAGUCUAUGUUGCUAUCGUCCAUCCCUACUCCUGAGCCCCCAGCCAUGAACCACCAUGUUAAGGGACUCUUCCUUUUUUCCAUGCCUGAGUUGACUGGACAAGUGCCAACUCUGAUCCUGGGCUUAUGGCAUGUAAUGACACACACUCCUUUUCCAUAUUCUGUAUGUCUCUAGUGGGGAGGGGGUUUUGCCAAGACCCUUAGUUUAUUUUCUGAUUGCCUCACUCAUAUUACCCCUGAGGCCUCCUUUGUUCCCGAAGUAGGCUAGGGACAUCCUGCUUCCUAGAACCAAAUCUACAAGAAACAAAGGUACGUAACAAAGCCAAAUGGGAACAGAAUCAUGCUUGGAACUCUCUCUGGGCAGAAAACAAUAACUGGUAUGGACUAGAGAUUAGGGGAGGAGAAGGAAAAAUGGGGUAAAAGUACGGAAGGAAGCUGGCAGGUUCAGUGUUUUCUGUGUUGGCAUGACCAGUCUCUCUUCAUCCUCUUCCUGGAUGUAGGGCUUGGUGCCAGGGCCCCCGAGGCUUUCUCCACAAAUAAAAGGAGGUGAAGCUGUCUGGUGUCCCUAUUUCAGGUUCUUGGGGGCAGCCAAAAUGAUGUCCUUUGUCUCUCUGCUCCUGAUUGGCAUCAUGUUCCCUGCCAUCCAGGGGAAGCAAUUUACAAAAUGUGAGCUGUCCCAGGUGCUGAAAGACAUGGAUGGCUAUGGAGGCAUUGCUUUGUCUGAAUGGAUCUGUACCAUAUUUCAUACUAGUGGUUAUGAUACACAAACCAUAGUCAAUAACAAUGGCAGCACAGAAUAUGGACUCUUCCAGAUCAACAAUAAAUUUUGGUGCAGGGACAACCAGAUCCUUCAGUCAAGGAACAUCUGUGACAUCUCCUGUGACAAGUUCCUGGAUGAUGACCUUACUGAUGACAUGAUUUGUGCCAAGAAGAUCCUGGAUAAGGAAGGAAUUGACUACUGGUUGGCCCAUAAACCACUCUGCUCUGAGAAACUGGAACAGUGGCACUGUGAGAUGUUGUGAGUGCCUGCGGUCUUUGCUGUUUCUGCCCUCUGUACAUUCCUGGAAUGCCUCUCCCCUAAGGCUACCUCAGUUUGCUUCUUUCUACCCCCUUGAAGCUGAUUUGUCUCUGAGCCCUGAACUCUGUAGUGACACCUUUGGACACUUGAGAAUGAUUCUCCAGGAAUGUGUGACUGGUACACUGGACUUUUGACCCUUGCUUAGUGCCCCCUGAUGGCACUUUAACUACAACAAUGGAUUCCACCUCUGUCUUGAAUA